AUGAACUCACCUUGCAGCGGUUGUAAAAAAGCAAUCAAACCUUCAGAAAGAAUUACUUGCACUCAAUCUUCGUGCGGCAAAAGAUAUCAUUACCUGUGUGUUAAUUUGAAUGUUGAUAAUUUCAAAAAGCAAAAAUAUUGGAAAUGUCCUGACUGCUCCAUUAAACACUUGUCAAUAAUACGUAAGGAAGGAAAUAGUGAUGAUACUCCUAUUAAAUUGGCGACCAGCAGCGAAUUUUUAGACGACUCUCAAAAUAUUACUAUAAGGCGUCAAAAAGAGAGCGAACCCACUACUGAACACCAAGACUGUGUAUCUCGUGCUGAACUAGCAGAAAUUAUUCGUAGGGAAUUGCGUUCAGUGAUACGAGAUACAUUAAAUGAGGAGUUCGCUAAUAUCAAAAAAGAAAUUCAUGCAUUUGAAGAAACGAUUAAAUUUAUUAAUUCACAAUAUGAUGCUAUAAGUACCAAAGUUAAAGUCCUAUCUGAUGAUACCAAGAUCUUUUCUACAACUAAUGCAAUGUUAACUGGCAAGGUCAGUGAUUUAGAGGAAAGGUUAUCACAAAUGGAACAGUCUGCCCGUCAGUCAAAUGUCGAAAUCCACUGCUUACCUGAGCACAGACAAGAAAACCUGGUUAACACAAUUGUUAAUAUCGGAAAAGUUAUUUCAUUUCCCAUUUUGGAAGCUGAUAUUUUAUCCUGCAACCGAGUGCAAAAGCUUAAUGCCUCAUCCAAGCUGCCAAGGACUGUUGUAUGUAAACUAACAAGUAAAAUAAAGCGAGACAACUUCUUAGGCGCUGUACUUACAUACAAUAAAAUGAACCCAAAAAAUAAAUUAAACACGAAAAUCCUGGGUUAUGGAGACAUUGAAUCACCAGUAUUCAUUAACGAACAUCUGACUCCAUCCAACAAGGCGUUACACGCAGCUACCAGAUUGAGAGCAAAAGAGAAACAAUACAAAUUUGUUUGGGUGCGUAAUGGGAAAAUUUUUGUGCGCAAAAAUGAGACAUCACCAGCACGGGUAAUAACAAGAUUGGAAGCACUGGAAAAUCUCAGUUAA